AUGAAUAACAAGCUUGACGGCCCUGUUCCUCCAUCACUCUUCAAUAUUUCGUCCAUCACUACCUUAGGUCUUGACAUGAACCAGCUUACAGGAUCACUGCCACUUGAUAUUGGCUUUAAGCUUCCCAAGCUAUAUGCUUUGGCCACAUAUUACAAUUACUUUGAGGGUCCAAUACCAGCCUCCUUAUCAAAUGCAUCUGAACUCCAAUAUCUGAUUCUUCGUGGAAACCGAUAUCAUGGUUUGAUCCCACGGGACAUUGGUAUUCACGGUGUUAUGCCGGUUAGUAUCGCCAACCUAUCUCGAAAACUCGAGUGGCUUACAAUUGGCACAAAUCACAUAGCCGGGACCAUAUCUUGGGUAGGGAUGUUCCAAAACCUUACAAAGCUUACCCUUGAGGAUAACCUAUUUACAGGCACCUUACCUAUAGAUAUUGGCAAGCUUUCUAGUCUCGAUAUUCUUGAUCUGAGUCAUAAUGGAUUUGAAGGGCAGAUUCCACAAUCAAUAGGCAAUGUCACAGUACUGGAUAAUCUUUCUCUAUCUAAUAACUUUCUGAACAACAGCAUUCCGCCAAGCCUUGGAAAAUUAUCGAAUAUUGUAUCCAUGGAUCUUUCUUGUAACCUGUUGACGGGCCAAAUCCCACUGGAGAUAUUUAGUAUUCCUUCCCUGACCAUACUUCUUAACCUUUCCAGAAAUGCUCUAAGUGGGGCAAUCCCAACACAGAUUGGGCACUUGAAGAGCCUCGGCACAAUGGACCUCUCAAUGAAUAAGCUAGAUGGUGAAAUCCCAGAGGCUAUUGAGGGUUGUGUCCAACUGCGAUUCCUAUACUUACAAGGAAAUCUACUGCAAGAGCAAAUCCCAAAAGGGUUGAAUACUCUGGGAGUGCUUGAAAAAUUGGAUCUCUCGAGCAAUAACUUAACAGGACCCAUACCCAAAUUUCUAGAGGGCAUUAGAUCUCUAAGCUAUCUAAACCUGUCCUUCAAUAACCUAUCUGGUCCUGUGCCAGAUGCAGGUGUCUUUUCUAAUUCCACUAUAUUGUCGGUCACAGGCUUCACCGCAUCGAUUGCACAUAUUUAUCUUUGGAGCUAUUGGAUUAUUCAUCUUUGUGUAUGCUCCGUAACUGCUUAUUGCUUUAUUAAGAGAAGGACCACAUCAACUUUUGUUCAUCAUGAGCACCUAUUCUUUAAUGAGGAGCAUGAGAGAAUAUCCUAUGCCGAGCUACAUAAAGCAACAGGAUCAUUCUCUCCAGCAAAUUUGAUUGGUUCUGGAAGCUCUGGCAAAGUGUACUUUGGAAAUUUAACUUUUGGUGAGAAUUUAGCUACCGUAGCAAUCAAGGUUCUUGAUCUUGGACAACAAAGAGCCAGUAGAAGCUUUUUAGCUGAGUGUAAUGCUCUAAAGAGGAUCCACCACCGGAAAUUGGUGAAGGCAGGAAAAACCAUCAUGAAACUGAAGGCAGCUCAUUUGCAGUUAAAGGCACAAUUGGAUAUAUCCCCAGAGUAUGGAUCAGGAUGUGAUGUCUCCACGGAUGGUGAUACAUAUAGCUACGGGGUACUCCUGUUAGAAAUGUUUACUGGAAGAAGGCCAACUGACAGUUUCAACGAUGGCGUGCCAAAUCUUGUCAGCUUUGUUAAGAUGGCUUAUCCUAUUAAUCUACUAGAGAUACUUGAUGUUACUGCAUCAUACAGUAGAAACACAGACACCCAAGCUAUCCUAGAUAUUCUCGUUUAUCCAAUAUUUAGAGUUGCUUUAGCAUGUUGCAAUGACUCACCAAGACAAAGAAUGAAGAUGCACGACAUAGUGGAGGAGUUGAAUGCUAUAAAAAUGGCAUGCGCUGUUCAGAUGCCGUACUCAUAA